CCCACCGACCGACCAAAGCUGGGAGCCCACCGACCGACCAAAGCUGGGAGCCCACCGACCGACCAAAGCUGGGAGCCCACCGACCAGCAACCACCAACAGUCGCCAGCAACCACCAACAGUCGCCAGCAACCACCAACAGUCGCCAGCAACCACCAACAGUCGCCAGCAACCACCAACAGUCGCCAGCAACCACCAACAGUGGCCAGCAACCACCAACAGUGGCCAGCAACCACCAACAGUGGCCAGCAACCACCAACAGUGGCCAGCAACCACCAACAGUGGCCAGCAACCACCAACAGUCUCCAGCAACCACCAACAGUCUCCAGCAACCACCAACAACAGUCUCCAGCAACCACCAACAACAGUCUCCAGCAACCACCAACAACAGUCUCCAGCAACCACCAACAACAGUCUCCAGCAACCACCAACAACAGUCUCCAGCAACCACCAACAACAGUCUCCAGCAACCACCAACAACAGUCUCCAGCAACCACCAACAACAGUCUCCAGCAACCACCAACAACAGUCUCCAGCAACCACCAACAACAGUCUCCAGCAACCACCAACAACAGUCUCCAGCAACCACCAACAACAGUCUCCAGCAACCACCAACAGUCUCCAGCAACAGUCUCCAGCAACCACCAACAACAGUCUCCAGCAACCACCAACAACAGUCUCCAGCAACCACCAACAACAGUCUCCAGCAACCAACAACAACAGUCUCCAGCAACCAACAACAACAGUCUCCAGCAACCAACAACAACAGUCUCCAGCAACCAACAACAACAGUCUCCAGCAACCAACAACAACAGUCUCCAGCAACCAACAACAACAGUCUCCAGCAACCACCAACAACAGUCUCCAGCAACCAACAACUUUAGUCUUCAGCAACCAACAACAACAGUCUCCAGCAACCAACAACAGUCUCCAGCAACCAACAACAGUCUCCAGCAAUCAAUAACAGUCUCAAGCAACCAACAGUCUGCACACAAAUAA